UAGUGAUGUAGAUUAGUAGAAUAUAUGUAAUGUUAUUGUUCUGAGUUAUUCAGUAGCACGUAGUUAAACAAUAACCGGGUAGUUUAUAACAUUUAAAAUGAGUGAACCCGCCGAAGCUCCCUGUUUCUACUUCAGAGAAACUAAAAAGACAAGCGAGCUCCAGGAUCCUGAGCAGGAAGUUUUCCCUGGAUGAAGGAGAGUCUCCCCUGGAGAACAACAACAACAGUCUGAGACGGAAUGUUGUUUUUCUUCUUCAACCAGUGGUCUCCAUUUAUUAAGAGGUCGAAGCUUUCAGGGUUCAGUCCGGACAAUCCCACUGGGGAGUCCCAAAAAAGGCAAAGCUGUCUCCUGCCAGAUAAUCCCGACAACAAGAGUCAUUUGGGCGACGUCCAAAUCUUUGUGCUGGAGGAAGGUGAGCAAUGAAGGACUCACAGGCCUAAGAACAACUUGGGGGUAGAUGAAGCUUCAUGUUCCCCGUCCCACCCUGACAGGGACGACUCUCUCUGGAGGACAGCGCUGCGGCGACACCAUGCUGAGGCUGUGGUCACUGCGAAGAGGAAGCUCCUUCACCUUCCUCACCCCAGGACCACAAUGGGACUUCAGUCUGAAGAGGAGACACAGAGGGAAGGAUGGCGGCGGCGACGACGCAGUCAGCCUCUGCAGCUUCGACUUUAAGCUUUUUCAGGAACCCAGCACAAAGCGUGUCCGUCCUCUCGGCAGGGUGACGUCGCUAGCAAGCCUUAUCUCUCCGGUGAAGACUGGGGCCGUCCGGCGCUUCGGCCAAACCAUCCAGGCCUCUUUCCGGGGCGAUGGCAAGUCGCCGGGCGUGCCCCAGAAGCCUUGCAACAAGGCAGCGGCCCCAACACCGCCCAAAAGGAGGAACAGCAUGCUGUGGUCGGAGACGCUUGACGUCCACCAGAAGGGAACUUUCUCCACCAAAGAGAUUAAGCGACAGGAGGCCAUAUUUGAGUUGUCUCGUGGAGAACAGGAUCUGAUCGAGGACCUCCAGCUCGCACGCAAGGCAUACCACGACCCGAUGCUGAAGCUCUCCAUUAUGUCAGAGGAGGAGCUCACUCACAUCUUCGGAAACCUGGAUGCCUACAUCCCUCUGCAUGAGGACCUCCUGGCGCAACUCUCCAAAGCCACAGGGCCAGAUGGGACUGUGGGCCAGAUCGGACAGAUUGUCGUGAACUGGCUGCCUAGGCUUAAUGCCUACAAGGACUACUGCAGCAACCAGCUGGCUGCCAAGGCGCUGCUGGACCAGAAGAAGCAGGACCGGCGGGUGCAGGACUUCCUGCAGCGCUGCCUUGAGUCGCCCUUCAGCAGGAAGCUGGACCUGUGGAGCUUCCUGGACAUCCCGCGCUCCCGCCUGGUCAAGUACCCACUUCUGCUUAAAGAGAUACUGAGACACACUCCACCAGAGCACCAGGACGCUGCCAGCCUGGAGGAAGCGAUCACCAUCAUGCAGGGUGUGCUGUCUGACAUCAACAUGAAGAAGGGAGAGUCUGAGUGCAAGUACUACAUUGACAAGCUGGAAUAUCUGGACGACAGGCAGAGAGACCCUCUCAUCGAGCAGUGCAAGAGCCUGCUGUGUCACGGAGAGCUGCGUAACAAGAGCGGCACGAAGCUGCACGUGUUCCUGUUCACUGAGCUGCUGGUUCUGACCCGACCCGUCACCAGGAACGAACGCCAGUGUUUCCAGGUUUACCGGCAGCCAAUCCCAGUGCACGGCCUUGUGUUGGAGGAUCUGCAGGACGGAGACGUUAGAAUGGGCGGUUCCUUCAGAGGCGCUUUCAGCAACGCAGACAAAGCCAAGAACAUUUUCCGCGUGCGUUCCCAGGACCCGAGCCAGGCACAGUCCCACACGCUGCAGGUCAACGACGUCUUCCACAAGCAGCAGUGGCUCAACUGUCUCCGCAGCGCCAUUUCCGUCCACCGGCCCCUCAGCGAGCCCUCCACGCCCUCCCCACCGGCGAGCGACGCCCGCUCCAAGCGCCGCCCUUCCUCCGUCUCUGCCAUCGUCCACAUGGAGGAAGCGGAUGAGAACUACCUGCAGCUGACCUCUCAGUCUGCCCCCAGCUCGCCGUGCAACAGCACAACCCCCAGCCCCACCCCGACAUCCCCUUCAUCCCGCUCCUCCUCCUCAUCUUUGUCGACGACGUCAUCAUCUUCGUCGUCGCCACUCUUCUCACGUACAUCACACAAAUCCAAAAAGGACAAGAAGUCUCUGUGUUCUUUAGGGAAGAGAAAGGAGACGAUGGUGUGAACUGAGGAGAAAAUGGACUCCUGGGUGGACUUUUUGUUUUUUGUACCUAAACGUUAAAAGACAACGUGGAGAAGCGUGGGACUUGUAUUUAUGUGUGUCUGUGUGCGAGCGUAUUAUUACAACAGUGUUCUGUGUUACUGUCCUCUUCGGCAGCUAUUUACCUUACCCCUCCAUCCAAGUGCGUCCCACAGAGACGCAGUAUUCUGGAGUUUUGAAAAGGGAAGCAUAAUGAGAAGCACACACACAUUUCACACAUGAAUCUGUGUGUGUCGUACGUGUGUUGAUCUCUUGAAGAUAGAGGUGUUGCAUUAAAUUCUGUUUACUAUUAAUUUGAUAUUUAAACAUUAUUUUAGACCUUUUUUGGGGGGCUAAUGAAAGUUUUACAUUUUUAUAUUCUAAAAUGUAUUGUAGUAUUUUUUUAGGUAUCAUAAAGCAGCACUGUUUUAGCUUUUAGGUGAAGUUAUUUGAAGAUUUGAGCAUGAUUAACAGGCAAGAGGAGAAUCCCCCAAAAUGAGAUGUACUACACAAAACUACAAAUUCCUCUGUAAAAGUCUGAUUUUAGAUGAAUCAGAAGACGUCUUAUUUUUAUACAUUCCUUUUAAUGACAGAUGUUAGGACCUGGACACUUUUUAUUUUUCUGCAUUUACUGCAGUCCGAGGCAUUAAUUUAAAUCCAGUGAGAGAAGAGACUUCAGUCUGUCUCUAACAAACGUCACUAUGAACAAUAGUGGUAGCAAAUCAUCUGAUGUCGAAUCAUGAGAAGAGAUGAGGAGUUUUGUUUUGAAACAAAAUUUUGAACUGAGCCAUGUUGGUUUUUAAAAAGCUGACUUCAGAAUGAAACAUCACUUUUGAGUGUAGCAUCUUGCAUGGAGCUUUAGUUGUGGACUGCGUGCACUUGUAGAGGCAGCAGGAUGUAUUCACCUGUCCUCAGGGAUAGGACAGGUAAACAUGGAAAAGACGAAGGAAAUAAGAGAACGUUGUUGAAGAUUGAAGGGAAGAGAGAAAAGAUGGAGACAGCUGUGUUUUGGAACUGAAAUAGAUCGUCAAUGCGAGAUAUUAAACUCCGUUAACUUCCUGUAGAAGUUGAUGUGAGCUCUUGCUCAGAUGAAUGACGGCUGGUCAAAAUAAAGUCGUGUAAUCGAUGGAAAAAAGUACGUUGAGGAAGGGAGACGAAAAAGAAGGUUUUUGUACGUGUGCACAAGAUGAGAAGAAGAAAAGAGCAACUUGCUUGCUAUGAACUGUAUGUAAUUAAAGAACAAUAAAGACCUGUGUAAGAUUUGCAACUUAA